GGGGUUGAAGCGGAGGAUACCGUCUUCAUUAACGAGGCGCAAUACGCUGGGGUCAUGGCCAAGGACACUGUCUUUAUCAAUGAGGCUCAGUAUGCUGGUGUAAAGGAUGUCGACACCGUUUUCAUCAACGAGUCGCAGUAUGCUGCAGUCAAGGACGUGGACACUGUAUUCAUUAACGAAGCACAGUACGCUGGAGUCAAGGCCAAGGACACCGUUUUCAUCAAUGAGGCCCAGUACACCAGUGUG